UCCGGAGGGCGGUCAUCCAAUAUCGGGAACUGAAGUCUGUGCAAUAGCGUUUGUAGCGAGCAAGAGCGGCUCGGCUUGCAGGCGGUGUCUACUAGGAAGAGCUCAACAGCAAACCCCAUCAUGUCCCAAUGGCAGCAGAUCCAGAUGUUGGAGAGAGUUUAUCUGGAGCAAGUUCACUACCUCUACUCUGAUGAAAACUUGCCCAUGGAAGUGCGACAGUAUCUAGCCUAUUGGAUAGAGGAACAGAACUGGAGCCAGGCAGUACACUUGGACCCCUCACAGGCCUGCUGUCUUUUCCACACCAUGCUGGCUUUGUUGGACGAUCAGCUAGGGCGUCUGGUGCUGGCUGAAGAAAACAACUCUAAUAUGGUGCUCAAGCACAAUCUGCGCCGCUCCAAGCUCUUUCUACAGGCCAGGUAUCAAGAUCAGCCGGAGCAGUUGGCCAAUGUCAUUGCUAAUCUGCUGAAACAGGAGGAGGUGAUUCUGUCUGAAGCCUUGGCUGCUUCCCAGGAAAGGGCACAGCCCCAACCAAAUGUUCCCGUGACUACGAACCAUGAGCACAAUAUUGAGGAUCGGCUAAUGGAGAUGCGAAAGACAAUUCAGGGCCUGAAAGCUUCCGCAGAGACUCUUGAGGAUCUGCAGGACACCUUUGACUUCCGUUUUAAGACAUACAAGAUUUUAGAGAGUAUGGCAUCCAUUAUUGAUCCCGUUCAGGCGAGACGGCACCAGGAAUUGCAACUCAUGAUCAAUAAUUUGGACUGCUCCCGCAAGGACAUCCUGGCCCACAUCCAAGCCCUGCUGGGGCGCUCUGACACUCUGAGGGGCCUACUGCUGGAGCAGCUUGCUGCGUGGCAAGAUCGCCAACGGCAGGCAUGUAUGGGGGCCACUUGCGAUACCAGCUUGGGACAACUGGAGAAGUGUUUAGCCUGCAGAGUAAACAUUAGAGUCAGCCCUUUAGUGCAUCACUAUAUUCAUCUGUCUAGUCCUGUGUUAUCAAGACUGGCAGUAGUGGCUCUCCGAGGUUUCAGGCAGGAGUUUUCCAGCCCUGCCAGGAACUGCAGCGAUGGAACCCGAGGCCUGCAGCCUGCAAAGCGGGUGCUCUGCCCCGGAGCCAGAGCUCCUUCUUGCCCAAGUCCCUCAGUUCUAACCCUCUUGGGUGAGGAUGCUCAAGGAGUGUCCAGGUGCCACCACCCCAGCCUUGUCAAAGCAAUUUGUCUGCUUCACUCUUUGCCCUUUCUUCCCACUGCAGGAUCGAAUGUAACACCACAGAGUACUAUCACCUGGGACCAGUUUGCUAAGGAUACAGCUUCCAGCUUCUCCUUCUGGACUUGGAUUGAUGGGAUCUUGCUCCUCAUUCAAGAGCGCCUGCUGCAGCUUUGGCAGAAAGAUCUCAUCAUGGGAUUUGUGAGCCGCAAGCGUGAGAAACAUUUGCUGAAGAGGAAAAGGUCGGGUACCUUUCUGUUGCGGUUCAGUGAGAGCAUCGCAAAUGGUGCCAUCACCUUUACCUGGGUGGAGUAUGACAGUGAAGGCUCUGCCAAGUUCUGCUCAGUUCAGCCUUACACCAAGGAGGAGCUCAAAUACUUAGCUUUGCCUGACAUCAUCCACUCCUACCAGCUCCUGGCAGAGGAGUACAUCCCCGAGAAUCCACUUCAGUACCUCUAUCCUGACACUCCCCGGGAUGAAGCUUUUGGUCCUUACUACAGUGAACAUCGAGAAGCAGACCUGACAGCACAGAAGAAAUACCUAAACCGCCGCCUGAUUAGAGUCUCCUGUAGGCAACCAGGAGAGGCUGAAACUCUUGAGACAAAUGGUCUCCCCAUUGUAAAUGAUGUGCCCUUGACCAAUAACAUCAACAUCAUCAGUGAGAACACCACGAGUGACAUCAUCAACGACACCAUCAGUGAUACCAUCAUCAAUGAGAACACCACGAGUGACAUCAUCAACGACACCAUCAGUGACAACAUCGUCAAUGAGAACACCAUGAGUGACAACAUCAAUGACAUCAUCAGCGAUAACAUCAUCGGUGACCUCUGCGAUAACAUCAUCAGUGACAAUAUCAUCAGUGACAUCAUCAGUGACAACAUCCUGAGCGAUACCAUUGACCAGCUGGAGCAGGGCCUUUCAGCCCUUUUCUCAGAGAAGCAAGAUCCUUUCCUUCCACUGCCAAGUGAAGAUCAGCACCUGGCACAGUUGCAUUCUAAGCUGUUUGAGACACAAGACAUGCCGGAACUAAAGGUGGAUGAAGAAGAUUUCCAGUGUUAGGCUCUCUUUGCUCUGUCUAGAUUGUUGUGAUAAUCCGUGUCCUUUUUCCCAUCCAGCUGCUAAUGACCUUCCUUGUGCCCCAGCAUUAAUCAGUUCAAGAAAGCUGAACCAACAUGCAGUUUUGAGCCUCCACAAUUGCUCUGAAUGCCCAGGUGGCAUGACUGGCAGGAGCAGUGUAGCUGACUUUCUGCUGGGUUCAUAAUACUGCAUUUCAGGAGCAAAAUUUGAAUAGGAAAGGGAAAGGCUCACCUAAUUUUGAUGAAGGGCUUGGUGGCCAACUGUAUUUCUGCUAAACAGCAGAAGUAUGCUAAAAGAGCUUCCAAAAGAGCUUACAAUUUAUUAUUUAUUUGGAGUUUUUGUAUGCCAUCCCAGUCGCAUGAGCCUCGGGAUGGCUUCCAAUACAAUAAAUAAAGCGUAUAAAUAGUUCAUAUAAAAUCCAGAUUAUAAUGGGUGGAGAGUCUUCAGCCUGCGGACCCAAUCUGGCUUGCACAACUUUUGGGAACUCCUUAGGGGGCAGGGCUUAGGUCCUGAGCCUAAUCCCCUGGAGGAAUCCUUUAGGAUUAGUGAUUCAAGAGCAGGGGCUGGUCUUGCACCCUGGCAUACUGACUCAGGGAACAACAGCAGGUUUUCUGCAAGCCAAAUACCACUGCCGUUGUGGGAACGGUGGGGGGAGCUUCCAGAAGAUUUUUUAUGGUGGCAGCACUCUUUCUCACUCAGAUAAUGUUUGCAGGGGGUAGUUCAGAUGCUGUUCUUCUCCUCUUGUAACCUUUUGACGAUUGUUCAUGGCUGCUUUCCAUCUUUUUUCUUGCCAGAGAAAAUCAGUUAGGGUGACGAAGAUGGAAUGGCUGCACAGUUCCUUUUCAUUGGUAGUGCUAGGAGCUCUUCCUCUGGGAGCUUCUUGCUCCCUAGAAUUAAAUUCAUGGUUGCCGGGGUGACCAUAAUUGUUGACUGCAGGGAAAAGGUUUUGGAGGGUCUUACUACUUGUUGUGUGUGGCCUGCCUGCUUACCUGUGAAUUUGUAAAUAAACUGAUAUUAUCAAGACCA